GCCAUUUUUGUUCCUUUUCUGAGCAGUUUCUCCAGCACCAACAUCAGCCAUUCCUUCUCUCUGCAAUUUCUUCUCCGAACCCUAGAUUCCUUCUUCGACCCUUAAAUCCUCUACAAUUUCUUCUCCGAACCCUAGAGCCUCUUGGGAUUAAAUCUGCAACGUUGCAAUGGAGUUAGCAGCAGUGCAGUUGAUAUGCUCACGGAGCAGUUAUGGAGGUGUGAUAUCCUUUUCUGAGCAGUUUCUCAACAGGAAAGUUUUUGGGUCCAUCUACUAUGGGUCUUCUAUUUCUGUUUACAGAAAUCUGUUAAUACAUUUUGCCCAACAAAUGGGCGUUGGUUUCUUCUUGGCCAAAAUCCCUGAGAACACAGUUACUGGGUCCUGAAUUUUAGGCCAUGUUUCUUUGAUUUUAGCUUUUUUAUGUUGCUGGGUGCUAGCACCUGGUGUUUUAGCUUGGUCUUGCCGACUCAUCUUUGGGCUAAGCUUUUCUUCCUCCCCUCAAUCAUCUCACUACAAAGUUGGCUGUGUUUCCACUGGUUCUUCACAUGAUAGUUUGAUCCUUUGUUUUGCUCAAAGGGUAGGUUGAAGUCUUCACUUCCACCAUGCUUUUCACAAUCAAGAGUUUUGGUGCCUUGCUUUUUAUGGGCUUUGGCCAUGGUAGCAAUUUAGUGUCUGUCAUCACAACUCCUAAAUGAUUUGUUUUUUUCACCAUGUCCUAGUUUUUGCAGGUUUCAUCUCUCUUCUGAUCUGUGCUCUGUAUCAUUUCUGCCAUGUAAUGAGAUCAAUACCUACCCCUUUGAAGUAUUGUAUGUUUUUGUUAUGAAGAUGAAUAAAAUCUCAAACUUUUU